AUGCGCGCAGCAAGAUACUACGGGAAAGAGGACAUCAGGAUUGAGGAUGUGGAUGAGCAGAAGUGCGGGGCGGGACAAGUCAGGGUCGCACCGGCCUUCGUAGGCAUCUGUGGUACAGAUCUCCAUGAAUACCUCGGAGGGCCCAACUUCGCGCCGACGACACCGCACCCGUGUACGAACGAAACGAUCCCUAUUACAUUGGGGCAUGAGUUCUCAGGGACUGUGACUGAAGUGGGCUCGGAUAACUCGAGCUUUACGGUGGGCCAGAAUGUCGUUGUUCAGCCGACGAUAUAUUGUGGGAAAUGCGAGGCGUGCAAGGCGGGCUCAGAAAACGUAUGCGAAAACGGUGGCUUCAUCGGGCUCUCGGGAGGAGGUGGUGGUUUGAGCGAUUCAGUCGUUGUGCCUGAAGGCGCAGUAUUGAACUUGCCCACCAACGUGCCGCUCGACGUCGGCGCGCUGGUGGAGCCACUGGCUGUUGCGUGGCAUGCUAUCUCAGCUGCUCCACUGACACCCGAUUCCGUCGUCAUGGUCCUAGGCGGUGGACCGAUCGGGCUGGCAAUCGUCCAAUGUCUCAAGGCACUGGGCACGAAGAAGAUCAUCGUGAGCGAGGUGUCGGGCGCGCGGCAGCGCUUCGCGAGAGAAUUCGGCGCGCACCAUGUUCUCUGCCCCAAGACAUAUGAUGUUGCGAAGAUGAGCAAGGCUCUGAGUGGGAAGGAUGGACCGGAUGUGGUUUUCGACUGCGCUGGCGUUCCCGCAAGUCUCACAACGGCUUGCACGGCGGUGCGCGCUCGAGGCACGGUCGUCAACGUCGCGAUCUGGGAGAAGGAGGUUCCGUUCAACCCGAACAUGCUCGUGUUCCGGGAGGCGCAGUACACAGCCGUUUUGGGCUACCAAAGAAAGGACCUCGAGGCCGUCAUCGAACAUCUAGCUGCUGAUGCUGAUUUGUCUUUAGGCACUCUAAAACCCAUGAAGAUGAUUACCAGCAAGAUUAGUCUGGAGGAUCUGGUAGAAGGCGGGAUCAAAGCCCUGAUCAACGACAAGGAGAACCAUGUCAAGAUUCUAGUGGAAGUUGGAGGUAUGAGUCGCGUGGAUUCUGCCAUACACUGA